AAUUUGUAGUUAUGGAUUCUAUGACAAUUAUAUUUGUUUUUUGUUUGGUACCACAACUAUAAAUUAGAAAAAAAAUUAUAUUAAUUUAUUUAUAUUCAACACAAUAUUGGUAACUGACAUAGAAUAAAGAGUAGUAACUGGUAACUAUAUCGAUCUCUUAUGAUUGUUUGAUAAAGAUGUGUUUUUUAAUAUUUCAAUACACCUGAAUAUUGUGUUAAGCUUAUCAGCCAGUGUAUUUAUAUUGUCAGAUUAAUUUUUCUCCCAUAACAAUUGAUGAUGAGCUUGACUGAAGAUGAGACCAAACAGCCAGACAGGUCAACAAGUAGUAGUGAAGAUAAGGAUUCUCGCAAUGGAGCAAGUGUGAAUGAAGUUUUUGAGAAGUCUGAUUGUGACUGUCAGGAUGGUGUUUCUGGUGGUGGUAAUGCUGCAUCUUUCCCCGAUUAUGAAAUUGGCGAGUGGAAGCAAGAAAGUGAUAGUGGCUCAGAAGACAUAGAUAAUAAAUCAUCAAAUGAUGUUCCUAUAAGAAAAUUAUUUGUUGGAAACAUACCAACUAGGGCCUCAGCUUAUAACCUGCGAACACUCUUCUCAGGUUUUGGAAAAAUCCUUGAUGUUUAUAUAUCAAAAAAUGACUUUACUGAAGUGAGAAAUCAUUAUGGAUUUGUGACCUUUCUUUCUCCAGAUGAUGCCAAAAGAGCGUUGGAAGCUGGUUCGUAUGUGCUGUUCCAUCGCGAACUGACGGUGGCGCCAGCGGAUCUGCACCACCAGCCUGUUGAGACCUCCGACGGUUAUCUGACGUGGAGAAGCCGCAGGUGGUCCUUGAAAGGAAACCGUGCGCCACUGGCCUCAGGACCUGGUCACAGGAGCAGUAACCACAGCAGUGUGAAAGAGGCACCCGUGGAUGAAGAAAUAGACGAAAGUCAGUGUUUUGUCAGCAACCUGAAUGAUGAUUGCCUCUCCCAGGUGUUUAAGUACCUCAGCAAGCUGGAGCGGAUUAAAAUUGAGAGAGUGUGCAAACGUUGGCAUCACGUCAGUAAAAUGCUGUGGAGCGACACCAAAGUGCUUAAAAUUUCUGAUCUCUUUGAUCUAAGAAAGAACACAUUCCCUGAUAUGGUGAGCAUGAAUUGUUUGCUAACGAGAUGUGGGAGGUACCUGACAAGCCUGGAUAUGUCUGCAGUUUCCCAUAGGCUCUAUGCUGGUGUAAUUAACUUAAUUGCCAAAAACUGUGUGCAGCUGCUGCACCUCAACAUAAACGGCAUCCCGGUGAACAGGCCAGCGCUGCUGCAGUUGGGUAAACUGAGGGGCGCGAAGCUGCUGUCGUUGCACAUGGAGAGCUGCCGUGGCUUCUACGACAGCGACAUGGCCGAGCUGUUCAGGGCCUGCACCAGCCUCGAGGUGAUCAACAUGUCUCGCACCAAGCAAGUCACUGGCAAGUGCUUGUACUCCCUUCCCGUCAACUCGUUGACGACGCUGAUGGUCAACGACUGCAGUAACAUUCGUCCUGCCUUGCUCAUAAAAAGCCUCAAGAGGUUCCACAAACUUAAAAAACUCAUGAUGAACUGCUGCAUCAGCCUGACAAACUACGACAUAGCGCAGAUUGUGGAAGCCGUGCCUCAGCUGACGCAGCUGUCGAUGACACGGUUCUUCCCGUUCAUCCACAAGUCGGCCGUGAGUUCCCUGCACCUGCUCACCAACUUGGUGUCGCUGGACGUCCAGUUGAACCCCAUCUUCGAUGACACGGUCAUGGACAACAUCGGCAAGUCGUGCACCAGUAUUCGUUACCUGAACAUCACGGGCUGCGGCAUCAACACGGCGCUGAACGGCAGCCCCCCGCUGACGGACGCGGGGAUCCGCUCCGUGCUGCGGCUGCCGGAGCUGGAGUCUCUGGUGAUGAGCUACCUGGGCCACGUGACGGACGAGGCGCUGGAGGCCGCUGCCAACCACGCCAGGCUGAAGCACCUCGAGUGCCGCGGGUGCCCGUCCUUCACCGACCGCGGCUGCUCCAGGCUGGUUUCCGGCUGCGCACAGCUGGAGCACUUCGACUUCAGCGGCUGCCACUUCGUGACCAACGCCACCGUCGAGUCCGCGGUCGAAUCCACCAAGCAGAGGACGAACAACGUUGCUUUGUCGCUCGUGGUCGGUGGUACCUGCGUCACUGCGAAUGAAAGCUUUGAAAACGUGCCAUUGCUAAAAAUAUCUUACAUUGACUUGUGCGUUCCUCACCUGCGACCAGACUACGUUGAUGACCAUUUUUUCCACGACGAGGAUUAUCUGCCGCUUGGUUUCGAUGGAAUAGAUGAUGUUGCAGUGUUGGGUUGGUGCGAACAAGACUUUGAUUUUGAACUGGACUUGACAGAUGAUGAUGAGGACUAUGAAGACUAUGAUAUGUAUGAAUUGUUAGAUGAAGUCAACUUUGAUGUCCAAAUGUUAGGUCAUUUUUAUUAAAUGCACCAUGACAGUUUACCACAAUUGGAACUCAUAUCUUCGCCAUCCUUAAAAACAAAUACAGUACUAUGAUCUCAAAAUAAAUUUACAGUGAAAAUUCAUUUCUCAUGUUCUCUUGAAGUAUUUUUCUCAAAAUGUCACAAAAAAUAAUGUUGGAAAUCGCAACAUAGCUAAAAUGUUCGUAACGUACAAAAACUGUCAAAAGUACCAGGAGUAUUGAAUUGCCUGGGUCGUUAUGCACCACAAAAGGUUAGUAAUACAACUCAUUGUAAUGCAUUAUUGAACUUAGUAUGCCAUGUUGUUUAUAGUUAACUCAGUAUAGUUGGAACAUAUUUUUUACUAUGAAUUUUAUAUUUUGCUGUGUUUUAUAUGCAUGUUUUCAAACCUAUUUAAUGCCUAUACAUUUAAAUAUAUUUGGCAUUUGGCAGUGUUUUUCCAGACCUAAAUAAAAUAUUUUUGCGGUAGUUAUGCAAUUUAAUUAUUGUGAAGAAUUCAAAAGAAUCUUUGUAUACCUGUAAGUGAAUCAAGAUUUUGUUUACAAAAAAAAAAAGGAAAGGGUAACAGUACUUUAAUAUUUGUUAAACAAAAAAAAAGUAUUAUUUUUGUAUUUAACUGUUGUGUUUAAAAGUCUUAUUACUGAAUUCUUUAUUCAUCUUUAAUGUCAGGAAUGUACUGAAUAAAUGUGUAAGUUUUCUGUAAACCUGAAUUGAUAUUAUUAAUAUUAUUGAUACUUAUGCAUAGUGUUAGCAUUAUUGUAUAAGAGUACCUACUAAUAACAUGUACCCUUGACAUGACUAAUUAACGUUUAUUCUUGAAAAUUGUUUUCAGUUAAGUUAUAUAGAAAACUGUUUGGAGAAUUAAAAAUAUUUGUUCAGUAAUUUUUGUCACGUAGAAAAUCAUUAAUUUAAACAAUUUCUGCAUGAUAUCAGAAAAACAAAAGAAAAUAUAAAGAAAUUAAAGUUUUUGGCAUUGAAAAUAGUUGCCAACUACCACAGCACAUUUUUGGCCAGGGUUUUAUUGCACGACUGCCAUCACAUGUUUUUUGGAAAGUAGCCACGUACACACCUGAGCAGCGAAGCAGAAAUAAGUCUGCAGGUGUUAUCGGCAGAUACCGGUGGAUCACAGAGAAACGUGGAUUGAACAUUGCUCGUGUGUGUUAUUGUGCAGCAGUAUUCUUUCACUGUCCAGUCCUAUGCAACAUUGGGGGAACACACUCGGUGCAUUGUAGCAACUAUUGCAUAACUUCCUCGUGGAGUGUAAUGUGCACGAUUUGACCUGGAGGAACAAAUUGCUUAUGGAGAAUGCCUCUACAGUUAAAUAAGGCAGUCAUUACAAAGCAGAGAAGAGAAUGAACACAGUUUCAUCAAUAAAAAAAUAAAUAAAAUGUGAAAUGUUUGUUUAGUCUAAAACUGGUUGUUAAUAUGCAUGGCCUAAUAUUAGUUUAAGCACAUUAUAUGAGCUGUAGUUAACUCUCCAAAAUGUUCAUUUUACAGCAUCCAGUGGUUCGAAUGCGGUCACCUAAAAUGGACUUCAUGGUUUGGUUUCAUCUUUUUUGUAAAGGGUAUAAUAUGUAAAUACACACUAACAAAGUGACAA